AUAAAUGAUCUAAUAUCAACUAAAUUUGUUGAUCCACAACUAAUCCAGAAAUUUAGUUUUUAGAUUAUGCAUGGUUACAAAUUUGUGUCAUAAAUAAACCUGAAGAAGGUUAAGAAUAUAUAGAAUUGAAUUAUCAUCUCUGCAAGUCAAUUCUUGGUUCCUUCCUGAUCAAGUAAUAAGAGCGAUUACAUUUCCAUAUAAUUAUUUGUUUUCACAGGUAUUCUUUUACAGGGAGAUAGUGCAAAAUCUAUCACCUGGGCUCAAUAAAGAAUGGGACAUUGUUGGAGCAAGGGUUGUAUAUGUUGUCAUAAAAUUAAUAAUGGUGAUGGCGACAUGAGCAAUAGCCAAUCUGAACAUGUAAAAUGUAUAUGUAAAUGUGAUAGUGUUCAUCAAGUAAAUACCAUUCAGAAAUGGGAGGAAAAGUUACAUGAAGCAACUAAACAAGACAAGAUUAUCAUAGUAAAUUUCUGUUCAUCAUGGUGUUCUCCAAGUAAAUCGAUAGCACCAAUCUACUGCGAUCUUGCGGACAGAUAUUCUUCUGUCAUAUUCUUAAGUAUAGACACUAAUGAGCUUAGAGAGCUUAGUUCGUCAUGGGAGGUUAAAUCUACCCCCACAUUUUUCUUUCUGAAAGAUGGGAGACAAUUAGACAAGCUUGUCGGAGCCGACAAGCUAGAGCUGGAGAAGAAGACUGCUUAUGUUAUCAGUAUUGCAAAUGGCUCUGAUCAAACAAGAUAAUUGUGUUCAAGAUGACACCUUUACGACCUCAAAAGCACCACUAACACAAGAACAUAAUGAUCGAAUUCAGGAGACUCCGUCUGAUAUUUGGACGCUCGGAUGCAUUGUUUUUGAGAGGUUAACAGGCAACAAGAUUUGGGAUUCAAAUGCUGAUACCACAACUUAUGAGGUCUUGAAAAAGAUCGGUGGUUGCUGCGAAUUUGCCUAAAAUUCCUAGUCAGAUUUCGGAGGAUGCAGCGGAUUUCUUGAAAGCUUGUUUAGUGAAGAAGCCUGUUUUUAGAUUUUGUUGUAUAAAUUAGAUGAACAGGGUGUUAGAGAUCACAAGAGAUGAUGAAGUUUGAGGCGUGAAAAGAUGUCACUGCCCUAAAGUAUAUUUUGGUAUACAGGAUGCAACAAACUCUUCUAGUUAUUUGAACUAGGAGUAGAAACAACAGUUUAUAUAUUUAAUACAAUUGUAUCUCAUUAAUCCGAUAAAUUUUUAGGUGAACCGAGUUCACCAUGUAGGACUAUAAGCCGUCCACAAAUGAUGUGCCACGUGGCAUAAUUGUAAUAAAUAA